GACGGCUGGGGCAGAGCCUGCUGUGGGGAGCUUCGCGCUGCAGGGCUCUGCGCGGGAACGCUAACCUGGUCCGGAGUGAGCCUGGGUCUAAGCCCCGCGGACAGUUUUUCACGAGUCUUAUAGCCUUCGGAGGCUUGCUCUGUUGCGCAGGCUGGAGUGCGGUGGUGUGAUCUUGGCUCACUACAAGCUCCCUCUCCCGGGUUCAAGCAAUUCUCCUGCCUCAGCCUCCCGAGUAACUGGGAUUACAGGCUUUCUUCUAAUCAAGAUGAGUGAUAAACCAGACUUGUCAGAAGUGGAGAAGUUUGACAGGUCAAAACUGAAGAAAACUAAUACUGAAGAAAAAAAUACUCUUCCUUCAAAGGAAACUAUCCAGCAGGAGAAAGAGUGUGUUCAAACAUCGUAAAAUGGGGAUCUCCUCCAAAGAGCAUAUUUCAACAUUGCCUGACAGUCUUGGUUUUAGGCUUGUUUUUUUGUAAACCUAUGUGUUUGUAAAGAUUUCAGGCAUCUUCUGAUUUCUUCUUAACUGUUUUCCCUGGCUAAGGUAGUGUUUCCUUAAGUUCCAUUUCAAAUUUCCCAUUGGUAUGUAAAUUCCAAAUGGCAGAUGCUGUCAAUAAUCUUGCCAUGGAUGACCUUUGUAUGUUUAGUCCUUGCAUCUCAUACAGGAUAAGCCAAUUUUAACCUUCUACAAUGGAUGCCUCAAUUGUUUCAUAAUCUUCAUGAAGAUGCAUCCUUUGGCAGCUUCUUAUAGUUUAUUUUCACUUCCAAUGUAGCAAUAAAAUAAUAAAUAUAAUAGUUA